GUUUCAUAAAGCAGUUCUCUAUCCUCCCUACAAAAAAGCCCUAAUCUCCCUCGACGACUACCGCUGUUUCCCCCUCUGCGCACUCACCAGCUUUCUUUUGAAUCCCCCUUAAAAGCAAUGUCUCGCGUGUACGUGGGUAACCUUGACCCACGGGUUUCGGAACGGGAUCUUGAAGACGAGUUUCGUGUCUUUGGGGUUAUUCGAAGUGUAUGGGUUGCUCGAAGGCCACCUGGUUAUGCUUUCAUUGAAUUUGAUGAUCACCGGGACGCUGAAGACGCAAUUCGUGAAUUAGAUGGUAAGAAUGGCUGGAGAGUUGAGCUUUCUCAUAAUUCUAGAGGAAAAGGUGGACGAGGAGGUGGAGGUGGCCCGGGACGCUCUGGUGGUUCUGAUUUGAAGUGCUAUGAGUGUGGUGAGCCUGGUCAUUUUGCUCGUGAAUGUCGCACGCGUGGUGGUUCAGGAAGACGUCGUAGCCGCAGCCCUAGAUAUCGUAGGAGCCCAAACUAUGGACGCAGAAGUUACAGUCCUCGUGGCCAAUCUCCAAGACGUCGUAGUCCCUCUCCUCAUGGACGUGGCUACAGCAAGUCUCCACCAUAUCGUGGUCGUGAGGAAUUGCCAUAUGCUAAUGGAAAUGGUGGGGGAACGCCGAAGGAGUAGAAGCUAAGUAGCUCAAGGAUGUAACUUUUGUUGAAGAGAGUGGGCUUAAGUUUGUUUAGUUUGUUUGGACAUCAAUGCUAUUAUUUUUAAUUGAGCGACGCCCUCAGCCUCUUGGAUUUGGAUAAGUUCCUUUCUGUCAUUCUUUUGUUUUAUGAUGCUUUUGUCUGCUUUAUCUAUUCUAAAACGUAGUCUAUUUUAUGCCAAGGAAAAAGAGGUUUAAGCUUACCUUUAAAAAGUUAUUGAGAGAU